AUGUCUACGUUAUUCCAUAUCAUUGCGAGGUUUGCUCGCCCUUCAUUACGUACUAUACGUACUCUCCAACCAAGAGCUCUUUCCUCAUUCACUUACACCACCAACCAUUCGGAUUCAGAAGUUGUUAAAACUAUGCUUAAUUUCCCAGACGUCGUCAUUCCUAAAUUCGAGAAACUUGAAAAUUUUCCGAAACAAUAUAUUUGUCCCGAAGUUAGUAAAGACAUGAUCGCUGAUGCAAGGUCACCCGAAUCUAGAACUGACUCAUUGGUAGCUUAUUUGCUUUAUAUUACUGAGUUUAAUCGUUGGCCCUUGAAGAUCGAUCAACAUGUUCCACAAGAACUAAAUAUUGUGGGUUUACCUUCUGUUGCAGCAAUUCCUGCUUUUCAAAUUAGUAAGAAAAAAGAUAGAGUGACUGUUGUAGUUUUAGAG